AUGCGGGAGGAGAUGACACGGCGGGAAGAGGCCGAGAUUCUCCGGAGCCACCAGAAGCCGCGGAGCACCGAGGGCUGGGGACUUCUCCUGGCCCUUUGGUACUUGGCCUUCUACAAACCCAUCAUCACCGAGAGUCACUUGAGGAGGAAGAACAUCAAGUUCAUCUUCAUCCGCUUCAGCGCUUGGCAAUACGCUGGCUGUGACAAGCUGUGGGCCGGGUUGGUCACCACCCUGUGUGACAACAUCCGCCACCACUUUGGGGCUCUGCCCCUCAGCGUCUACCACGUCAUGGGCAGCCGACCUCAAUUCGCCUCCGGCUUCAGCCAGAAGGAGUGGGUCCUCAAGACAGACACCUGCCUCAAGCUUUGGGGGUUGCUCUUCAUCUUGGUGGCCGGUCUCGGUGUCCUGUUGGUGGCCCUCUUGAUACCCAACAUCAAGGACAAUCACGCCUUGAAGGUGGUGGGUAGCGCCAUCACUUCACUCUCCGGUUCUGGUUUGGUGCUGGGAGCUUUGUCCGUCUUGAAGAACCUGUUGGUCAGCGAGAAGCAGAAGAUUGAACGUUUGACCAACAGCGAGAAGUUUGCCAGUCAGUUGGGUUUCAUGAGCAAAGUACGUAGCGAGGUGGAGGUGCUGGUCAACUUCUUGUCCUUCAUGGAGAUCUUUGAACGUCGGCGACUCCGCGUGGUGCUGGAGAUCACCAGCUUGGAUAUCUGCUACCCGGAGAAGGUGGCCGGUGUCCUCAACGCCAUGAACACUUUGCUCUCUGAUGCCAACACCCCCUUCAUCUUCAUCUUGGCCGUGGAUCCCAGUGUCAUCGUCCCCUGCCUGGAGCAGACGGGCUGCAUGAGGGGUCUCGCCGACAACGGUUACCUCUACCUCAACCGGACGGUGACGUUGCCCUUCUCCAUCCCGGAGAUGGGCGCCCGUUCUCGCCUGCAGUGCCUGGAAGCCGCCGUCCAGACGCGUGAGGACCUCAUGUACCGCAUCAUCACCGGCAACGUGGAACGGCGCCGGGCCAAGUGCCAGGGUGUCACCGCCGUCCCCAACCGCCAACAGGCGGACGCCGAAGCCGUUCGUUCGCCCGCCAUGCCCUCCCCCCGCGCCGCCACCGCCUGGGUGGUGUUGGCCGAUCAAUGGCCGUGUCGGCUCAGUUGGGUUCUUCAAUGCUUGGAAGACUCUUGGCAAAGUCAACCAGAGAUGGAUUUUGAUCCAAGAACUUUGUGGAACGUCUACCAGGAGAACGUGGGGGAGCUGAGCGCCCUGAGGCAGCCCCUGCACAACGUCCUCAGCUUGGAUGGAGACCCCGAGCUCUUCCAGAUCUUCCUCGCUCACGAUUUCCCCUUCACCGCCCGCGACGCCCGCGCCUUCCUCGGCGUCACCGUCAACCUGGACCAUUCCAUCCGGCACAAGAUGGGGCUCCUGCGCGGCCUCGACCGCCUGCAGAAACCCGUCACCGCCGCCCGCGUGUCCCGGAGCGUCCAGUGUCCCCACCCCGAGUGA